UAAAUCCAAAUUUGCACGCAUUCUCGAACGCAGACUGUGGAACUGUGAUCGAGCAAACCGCUCAAAAAUGGUGAACUUCUUGCUUAAGAUCAACGCCGAGCUCGAGAAUCUCACAAACCUUCAACCCCAAGAUGGUUGCGACGACCCCAACUUCGCUUACCUCUUCAAAUUGAAAUGCGGGAGAUGUGGAGAGGUGAGCCAGAAAGAAACGUGUCUGACCCUGAACGAAACUGUUGCUCUCCAUGGGGGAAAAGGGACGACUAACCUCGUUCAAAAGUGCAAGUUCUGUGGGAGGGAUGGAACUGUUACAAUGAUUCCGGGGCGAGGUAAACCAUUGACUCAGGAAACAAGUGAAUCAGGGAAGUCAUCUCCCUUGAUGUUAUUUGACUGCAGAGGUUAUGAGCCUCUGGACUUCAUAUUUGGACCUGGAUGGAAAGCAGAAUCUAUAGAGGGGACUAAAUUUGAGGACAUUGACUUGUCUGAUGGUGAGUUUGCAGAGUAUGAUGAGAAGGGAGAAUGCCCUGUCAUGAUUUCCAAACUAAAGGCCACAUUUGACUUGGUAAAGUAGGAGAAUAAUCCCCACCUUAGAUCUCUCAUUGUAAAAAAUUGACCAUAUUGAACAGCUAUGAAUGAUGCUACUGAUGCCACCCCAGAUUAUACUUUUUUGCAUCACUUCUCUUCAUCUUUCUGUUUGUGAAAUAUGAAUAAAGUAUGCGCAGUUGAAUGAAUGGACAUGAUUUUGGUAGUAA